UUCGCUCUUACUUGGUUACAUUUACCUGUUCCCUUAUUUAACUUUGGUGCAACGUUUGUUUUCAAUUUAGUUGCUGUUUAACUAACGAAACGUGUGCAACUACCUCGCAAAGACAAUUUCGACAGAUACCACUUUUAUCUAGUGGCGCCAAAAUUUAAAUAGAAUAAAUAUAUGUACAUACAAACAUAUACAAUUAAUUGUUAUUACGCUCUUAUGAUAUAUGUGCGUCCAACUACCGCUUCCCAUAGACACACCCUACCCCCUUCUAAGAAUCAAGUGCUCCAACCAACAGUGCGUGGCAAUAACUCAUGGCCGCUAGCAAAUUUUCAACAGCAACGUCGUUAACAACGGGCCUCAAGCACGCAACACCAUUCGAUGGCAUUUGUGCGAAAAUCUCAGCGUUCUAUUUUGACUUAGAUAACACGCUAAUCCCAACGCGGGCCGGUGAUUCCAAAGCAAUACGCAAGCUUGCUGACGUGCUGGAAACGCAGUAUUGCUUUACCAAAGACGAUGCCAAUUUGGCCACACAGAACUUUUUAAAGUCGUUUCGUCGCUGUCCGGACAACUCGCAAACCUCGCUGGACUCGUGGCGGACGCAUUUGUGGCGCGAGUCCCUGCAGCAGAAGCACAAACAUCUCGCCGAGCAGAUCUAUCCGCAGUGGCUAAAGCUGCGCUACCGCUACCUGGCCGUGCCUCCCGACUAUGUUCAGCUGUUGCAGCGCAUGCGACGCGCCGGCUAUUUCCUGGCCCUCAUCACCAACGGGCCGUCGAAUGCGCAGCGCGAGAAGGUCACCAAGCUGCAUAUGCGUGGCCAUUUUGACUGUGUGCUCGUCUCCUCGGAUCUGCCGUGGGAAAAACCGCAUCCGGAAAUAUUCUAUGCCGCAUGCAAUUUUCUCGGCGUUAAGCCGCACGAAUGCGCCAUGAUUGGCGACAAACUCGAGACGGAUAUCAAGGGUGGUCAUCUCGCUCAGCUCGGCUUGACGUUCUGGACGCCGCUGAACAGCAGCAGCAGCGCCUCGCAGUGCCUGGACGAUGUGGAAUACAAGCCGCACAUAAGGCUCAACAAUCUGCUGGAGCUGUACAAAUACUUUCCGCGCCUGAAUGCUGUUGCUGCAGCUGCUGUGCCCAGCACCACGAAUCGUCGUAGCAGCCACAGUCAAAGCAGCACCGGAUGUGGCAGCGGCGGCGGCGGCAGCGUUAGCGGAAGCGGAAGCAAUAGCGAUCAUGACCGUGCGUCUGCAGUGCGUCAGCUGCCGUAUGCCGAGGAUGCGUAUCAGCGCCAAUGGACGUAUAGGCGUGGCGGCUCAUUGCCAGCAAUGGACUGCUCCAACAGCGAAGCAGAAAACAGCUGCGAUAGCUUUAUUUAGGGAUUAAUUUCGGAGUUAUUUCGGACUUAUACGGAGUUGCCUGUCAAGAGGCGAUUGUUAAACCAAGCGGAAGAUAAGCAAUUGAAUGUGCAAGAAA